GGUAAACCUUUAUGCAUAAAACUUCCGGGUGUUCAUGCAGUAGACUGUAACAAAACAUUGCGGCGUUCAGUAAAACUAGACGCAUCCGGAUUUUUAUAUAGAAAAAACAGGAAAUCCUUGAUAAAAUGGCCAGUGGAAAUAAGUACGAAGUUGACCCUAGUAAUGCAGGGUACGACCAGACCCCGAAGCAGACAGGUCCGAACCCAAAUCAAUACAACGCAGGAUACAACCAACCUCCUCCCUAUGUCCAGCAGCCCGGUGGUUAUGCCCAGCAUCCUACCGGUUAUGCCCAGCAUCCUACCGGUUAUGCCCAACAGCCUACCGGUUAUGCCCAACAGCCUGCCGGUUAUGGUCAUCACACCAACAAUACAGUUGUGGUGACAAAUAAUGCACCGGGACCGGUGUUCAUUGCUGCACCCCCCAGAGGAAGUGACUGGCUCGUUCCCGCCAUUUUGAGCACAUUUUUCUGCUGUCCAAUAGUUGGGAUCUGUGCCAUAGUUGCUGCCGUCAACGCGAGGAGUAAUUAUGAUUGUGGGGAUGUCAGCGGAGGCAGAUCCAGCGCCGCCUGGGCGAAGGGAUUGACCUUGACCUCCAUCGGUAUAGGAGUUGCCUUUUUCAUCAUCUGUAUCAUUCUGUAUGCCACAGUAUGGAAGACCCAAGAAGACCUAUGGCAUAAAACAUAUAACGACGGUUACUGAUCACCAAAAGAACCGGAAACGGAAAACAAGAAGAUGGAUUUUAUAUAUAUAUGUACCUUCACAUAUAAACCCAUUUUUGCUUAAAGCUUUUACAGUUUUGGACAAAAUGUUCAUCAAAUGUAUUUUCCUGAAUGAAAAUGUUGCUUUUGUUGAUAAGAAAGAAAACUAAUGUCUGAGCAAUAAAAAUUGAGUGCUCUUUUAAAGUGAUGAUACAAAAAUUUAUGACAAUUCACAUCACGUCAGUAUGAUAAAUUCAUUUUAAAACAUUUUUGUAACAAAAAGGAACAUUUUUUCAAUAGGACUAAAAUGCGGAAUAUUAUAUAUACAUGCUUGUACACAUGAUAUCCGCAACUUCUGCAUCUAUACAUGAUAGUCUAGUACCCUAUAAACACAGCUCAUUUAUUGUGUGUAUAUUUUUUUAUUAAUUACUUUCAUUCUAAUCUUUAUUAUAUAUGAUAUCUUCUAUGACAUAUGGGUUCAUUAUUUUAAUAAAUUCUCUUACACAACC